UGGAAGCAGGGGAAAGGGAAAGCAACGCGAUAACGCGUGAUAACUUAUAUGUGUCUCUUAUUUACACAAGCCGAAUACUCGAGGGCUCGACCAGGAAGAAGUAACUAGCUCGAUAGGCGUCCUGCUCUGGACCGAAACGCUGGGUUUCUGCCUCGAUUUUCAUGCUGACUCCGGGACCUUCCUCAUCAUCUAAGGGGAGAGGACGCUGCAGCCUCCGGCCACUCUUCCCAGGCACCGAGCAGCCUGGCUUCCCGGCCGUCCACAGCUCAACGCAGCCGCUAAAUAAACACGAUGUCUGACGAAGAACCGACCGCGACGACGGCCAGGACAGCGGCGUUAAGUGAAAACACGCUCUUCGGGAUGGGAAAUCCCUUGCUCGACAUUUCCGCCGUUGUGGACAAAGAUUUCCUCGACAAGUUUGGACUGAAGCCCAAUGACCAGAUCCUCGCCGAAGACAAACACAAAGCGCUGUUCGAGGAAAUCGUCAAGAGGAGCAAAGUUGAAUACCACGCGGGCGGUUCAACCCAGAACUCUGUGAAAAUCGCCCAGUGGAUGAUCCAGGAACCCCACAAGGUGGCCACCUUCUUCGGGUGCAUCGGCACGGACAACUUUGGGGCGAUCCUGAAGAAGAAGGCGGAGGAAUGCCACGUCGACGCCCACUACUACGAGCAGAACGUGGAGCCGACCGGCACCUGUGCCGCCUGCAUCACCGGCGACAAUAGGUCCCUUGUUGCUAACCUGGCAGCGGCAAACUGCUACAAAAAGGAAAAACACCUGGACUUGGACAGCAACUGGGAGCUGGUGGAGAAAGCCAAGGUCUAUUAUAUUGCGGGAUUUUUCCUGACCGUGUCCCCGGAGUCGAUCCUCAAAGUGGCCAAGCACGCUUCGGAUAAGAACAAGAUCUUCUGCAUGAACCUCUCGGCCCCGUUCAUCAGCCAGUUCUUUAAAGAGCCCCUGAUGAAGGUCAUGCCGUACGUCGACAUCUUGUUCGGCAACGAGACGGAGGCGGCCACAUUCGCCAAAGAGCUGGGCUUUGAGACGGACGACAUUGCCGAGAUCGCCAGGAAGACCCAGAACCUCCCCAAGGAGAACGCAAAGAGGCAGCGGCUGGUGGUCUUCACCCAGGGCAAGGAUGACACCGUUGCAACUGUCGGUGAGAGGGUGACCAUGUUCCCUGUUUUGGACAUCGACCAGGACGAUAUUGUGGACACUAACGGAGCGGGAGACGCCUUUGUGGGAGGAUUUCUGUCGGCGCUGGUCAAAGAGCACCCGCUGGAGGAGUGCAUCCGGGCCGGGCACUACGCAGCCAACGUCAUCAUCAGGCGGGUUGGGUGCACCUUCCCAGAGAAGCCAGACUUUCACUGAUGCAUUCGAACGCAAAAAAAAAAAAAAAAAAAUGCUUAUUACAUUACUGUACUGUAUAUGUAUGCUCCAGGAUUUUAUGUACAUUUUUUGUAUUUACUGUGACUGACAGCAUUGGACUAGUUGCUGCAGCUUUGACUUCUUCUUAUCGAGCUCAAACAAGCGGCUAUGAUGUUUUAAUGCGACUGUUUAAAAACUACUAGUGUGACAUAUCGAAGAAGGAUAUUGUGUUAGUUUAAACACUCAAUUUACAUCAUAAAUAUCAAACAUUUAACACCUAAACGCCUGUGAAAAGAAGUUUGAAACCACAUGUGAAUGAACUUUUCAAACCACUUUUCUACAAGGUCCGUUGACCCUUAUGUUCUCCGGUCAUAGUUUCUACCAGUUCCUCGUUUCCCUAGAGGCUUUGAUCAAGUGCAUCAUCCUGCAGCAGGGGUUUGAAAAGUUGUAAAUGUGGCCCCCCGGAAAGUUUCUCCUUCGUGGAGGGGUCACAGUCGAUGCUUAGGCUGUCCCAGAGUCAUGGCUAAAAGAAUAAAUACUGUAUAUACACUGUAUACUUAAACAUUUAUAGAAACUUCUCAGACACUUCUUGCUGCGCAAUCCACUAUGCACCACUGUUUGCAGCCAGUAAAUUCUUAACUGCACGUCUUUCAUCUGAGGUUUUGAGGAACGAGGAAGCGGCUACGACACAGAGGCGAAGGCUCGUUUAGUGGUGUGAGCAGCUAGCGAGCUACGAACCUUUCUGAACUUUCGUGUCUGCUGCAGGUGACUUUCAGCCUUGAAAUAUUAAAUGAAUCAAGAGUCUUUAUUGUCAUUGUGAGAACACAAUGUAAUUUGGCCAAGACUCACGGCUUAAAAGGCGUUCAUAUAAGUGAUAACAUUUAAAUGAAACACUUAUGAAAAGUAUAAAACACCCUUAGAAGAACAAAAAUGCUGCACACAUCAUGGAUGGAUGUCCAUUUUCAAAAUGUUAACAGGACGAAGCAGGAUGUCUUUUUCUUUUUUUUUUUAUUACUGUACAAAUAAAACUACACCAAACUCA